AUGAGACACUCGAUCGCGCUGGCCCUCUACUCGGCCGUGGCGGGCGUCGGCGUCAGCGCCGCGCCGGCGGCCAAGGCGACGGACAAGCCCGUCAGCUUCGCGCAGUUCCUCGGCAGCACGAGCAAGACGUCGUUCGAGUCCUUCUCGGCGGCGGGCGUGCGCGACAGCGGCGCCUUCAAGCAGAUGACAGACCACAUCCAGAGCAUGUACAGCGGCGUCAAGGACCCGAGCAAGGUCACGAGCUUCAAGAUCGACGACACGUACGGCGACUGCAUCCCCGUGCAGGAGCAGCCGUCGGUGCACCUGCUGGGUCUGGGCGCCGGCGCCGCCAAGCUGGCCACGCCGCCGUCGGGGGCCGCCAUCGCCACCAGCACGUCGGCCCCCAAGGGCCUGUCAGCCGCCACCAAGGUCGACAUCCCGUCCAUCCUCAGCCUCGGCGUCAAGGACGUCUACGGCAACAGCAUCUCGUGCCCGCCUGGCACGGUGCCGGUGCAGCGGCUGACGCCCGAGUCGCUGGCGCGUUACGGCAACCUGACCGACUUCUUCUACAAGCCGCGUGCCGAGGCCGACGGCGGCACCGGCGACAAGGAGAUCAAGACCCUCGGCAAGCGCGCUGGCGCGCACUCGUACGCGCGGGCCAUCGACACGGUGCUCAACUUUGGCGGCAACGCGUGGAUGAACCUGUGGAGCCCGUCAGGCUACUUCUCCAUCUCGCAGCACUGGUACGUGGUCAACGUGCCGCACCAGACGGUCGAGGGCGGCUGGGCGGUCAACCACCAGAAGUGGGAUGGGCGCGCGCGGCUGUUCAUCUACUGGACGGCCGACGACUAUCAGCACACGGGGUGCUGGAACCUCGACUGCGCGGGCUUCGUGCAGACCAGCAACAAGUGGUACCUGGGCGGGCCGUUUGACCGGUACUCGGUGUACGCGGGCGGCCAGGUCGGCUUCGAGCUGCAGUGGAAGCUGUACAAGGGCAACUGGUGGCUGUUCCUCAAGGCCAACAACGGCUACGAGUCCGUCGGCUACUACCCGGCCAAGAUCUAUGGGAAUGGUCCCAUCACCAAGCACGCCGACUACGCCAAGUGGGGCGGCGAGACGGCGCCCGACUCGUCGUACGGCCAGAUGGGCAGCGGCCAUUUCCCCGCCGAGGGCUUCGGCAAGGCUGCCUACCAGAACAACAUCUUCACCAUCCCCCGCGACGAGAGCGGCGGCUACGGCGUGCAGGCCGCGCUGUCAAGCCUGCACAUCACCAAGCCCAGCUGCUACACCAUCGCCACGACCCCCCGCAGCGGCAGCAGCUGGGGCUCGUACUUUUACUUUGGCGGCCCCGGCGGCAAGACUUGCGCUUGA